AAACAUUAUAUUUUAUAUAUCGUUUCUAUUUCUAUCGUGCGGCUUUCUUUUUGUUGGAAUAAAAGUUUCGCCGCAAAAAUUGCAAAUUUCAAGCUUCGAAGAAGUUUCUUCAGUAUUAAGGUAAGCUGCUUUUAGAGUAUAUAGUAAGCUGUUUUGAGUUUCUAGAGCAUAUACAGUCUCAUGUAUUCAAUUGUUGAGAUAAUAUAUAAAUAACGUCCUUUAAUUUAUAUUGUAUUUUACUCAUUCACUGAUAAUGACUAUCUGAUUCUGGUAUUUUUCUUAACGUGUAUUCAGUCGGUGAGAAUAUGUAUUUUAUUUAUAAAGCUUCGAUCACAUGCAAUGCGGCUAUUAAUAUUUUAUACGUUUGUCCUCUCAACGACAAUUAUGCCGCAUUUGUUCACGUCCUUACCUUCGGAAGUGAUAAAUAGCAACAAAUGACGAUAAUAAACAUUCCUUUGGUGCAAUUUUAGUGUAAAAAAGUUAAAAUGAGCAAGUAUAACCAUAGGAUGGUUGAAAUAUAUUGUGGAUUGAAAACCGAAAAAUCUAUUAUUCCGCCAUUAAAAUCACAGAAUAGAAAAUAGACCAGAAGCCUCACUCAGCCAAAAUUAUGUCCGAGAUUUUUUUAUGCGCCAGCAAGUGUAAUCACGACGCCAUCAAACGCGAGCAACGCCAUCAAUUGCCAUCACUAGGUCACAGAAUAAAGACAGAAGUGUAACUUCCAUUACAAAACCGUAAGGCGCUUUUUUACCGAAAUAGCUGGCGGCCAUGUUCUUAGUAAGUGCCCUAAAGAGAGGCAUUCACCCCCCUGGAAUAUUAAAUUUUCAAUAUGUUUUCAGGGGGGUGACUGCCUCUCUUUAGGACACUUACUAAGAACAUGGCGGACUGAAAAAAUCCCUUAUGCACUUUUAAUAAGAAGAUACCACUUCUGUAUGUCUUUAUUCUGUGACUAGGUAUUAUUCACAGUAAUAUUUUCACAAUAAUUGCAGAAUAUGCAGCAUACACUUUGAGCUGAGCAUGUCUUGCAAAUUUCAAGAAAAAACGUUGAUUUAAAGAAUUGACGCUGACGAACGCUGACGUGAUGUUCUCAGCAAGUGUCGCACAUGUUAUCUAGCGUGUGAAAUUCGUGAUCCGCAAGGCGAAAAUCGCGGACACGAAAAUGUUAGGGAAAGAUAUACAGUGAGACUUCUGGUCUAUUUUCUUUUCUGUGAUUAAAAUGGCCGCCAAGCAGGUUUGGGUGCACAAUGCAUUGUGGUUCAUACUUCAUAAUGAUUCUUCCUCCCGAUAUAUUAAAGAUGAUGUCCACUCCGAACUGCGCAUCAGUUCUGCUCAUAACAAAGGGGAACCUCUAGCCUGCGUAGCGCCUAUCAGAGAAAGGACAGCCUGCACGAAACCCCAUGCUUUGCCGUAUUUACUCGUUCUCUCUGAGGACGAGAAAUCUGAUUGGUUCAAAAUGAAAAACAUAUGCUAAUUUAUGCUAAAAUUCAUACAAACACGGUGGAUGUACUAUUGAGAGGCGUUUCUUUGAGUUUUGCAUUCAAAAGAGCUUAAAGGCCACGAUUUACGGUUCAACAAUAAAGGUAUUUACGAACUUGGUUGACAAAGCUCACGAAGAGAAAUAGACUGUGGUGUCUUCGGAUUGCUGUCUGUUAGCAGCGCCUCUAUCACAAGCAUGUUCGUUUUCAUCAAUUCAUCGACAACAAAUAGAUUUUUUCUUCAUGAUUUUGUAGCUAAAAUUUUGUGCCAGGAGAGAAUUGCUGUAAAUGCUUAUGUCUUAUGAACAGGAUUUGCUCUUUCUCUGAAGUGAUGGCUUUAGACAACCUUUAAUAUUCUCUUCUCUGCAUCGCUUGAAACUUUAAUAACAUUUAAUACAUCACGGUUGACCGCUGUCGAAACUAUAAAUUAUAUUUGUAUGUGUGCGAGAAAGCUACGAAAUAUCGUAGAUAUGGACUGCAAACUACUUGUGACAACGAUGGAGAUUGCCCUAGGCCUAGCGCUAUUCCCACUUAAUUUUCUUUAGCCGACAUCCGUAUAUUAUUAUACACUCAUGCGCAUUUAACCAAUCAGUAAUCGUUGAAAGGGUCAUGUGCCGAUGCAAUAUUUUACGAUAUUGGACAGGAACCUAUUGGGCAGUUGCGAAUUGUGGCUUUUUUCAUGGUUUUUCAACCCUUUUCAGAUGUUUUGUCAAUUUCAAACACACGACAAACGAUAUGGCAGAAUAUUGAAAAGAAUUUUGGACAUUAAUACAGUUUUUUCUACCAGUUUUGUUUAAAAUUAUAAAAGCGCGGGAAAACUUGUCUUCGCGAAAUUUAUUUGUUUGCAACAGCCUAGAAGUUAGUAAUAUUAUUUUUUUCAUUAAAAUUAGGUCAAAUUUCCUUUAAACAUACAUGGAAUUGAGUUUAUUUAUGCACACAUAUUUGUAAAAACAGGUUUAUUAACUUUUUUUUUAGUUAUUUAAGCAAAUUCGCCGCCGAUAUAUGUAGUAAUGUUGUCGCUUUAUUAGUCUCGCUGUAUUUACUUUAUUGCUUAUUGACAAUUUUUGUUAUAGAAUUGUUUUGUUCGAUAUAAUAAAACUCCUAUUGGAUUCAUCUUCGCCCAAUAUGGCAAAAUAUUAAGUCUCGACUUCAAUAUUAGGCUCGACCUUCGGUCUCGCCCAAUAUUGAAGUCUCGACUUAAUAUUUUGCCAUAUUGGGCUCAGAAGAAUCCAAUAAGAUAUAUUAUUUUGUUUUGAAAUUUGCGAAACAUACAGCAAUCUAUAUUUAUAUUUCAUUUUGACAAGUAAAUUUGCAAACAUAAACAAUCUGUGUGAUUGGCCAAUUUUGACAUCUAUUUAAAGUGGGCGUAGCCCGCAGGCUAAGUGGGUGGAAAUGGCAAAGCAUGGGGUUUCGUGCAGGCCGCUCUCCUUUCUCUGAGAGUCGCUGUGCAGGCUAGGGGACCUCCAAGAAAUAAACAUUGCCCAAAUUUUGCAUUUUUCGAACUAUUUUGAAUUGAAACGUAGAUUUUAUAUUCAUUUACAAGCAUGGCGAACCAGAAAAGUGUUAGAUAUUCAGUUAGUAUAUCAUAUUUUACAAAUAUAGCAGUUGAAAAUGUAAACAAAGUUUGAAAAUAGUUUUGUGUUUGCUAUAAAUGUGUGUGUGUUUCUCAUUGUUGCUAACAGUGGGAAAUUGUUUUCUUUUUAUAUUUUUAGAAAUGACCACUACAGCUUUCAAAUUCCAGCUGGGUUCGGAUGUAUGCAACAACCGUAUCAAUAGGAAGGUUAAGAUACACCGGUUUAUGGGUACGAGUAUCGCCAUUUUGUUUACCAAUUUUUGCUGAUAUCAGCAUUUUUACCCGUAAUUUCUACCGUUUCCCCGUGGUAAACCGUGGUCUACAUGUAAAAGACAAACGGGUAUGGGUGUUGUCUGUUUAUUAUUUAUGGCUGUUUAAAUAGAAAAAACUUCAAUAUCUUACCCAAAUAAAUAAUGUACAUAUAUGCUCGUCAAAGUGUUCAACAAUCUAUGGCAAACCUCAACAGCAAAAGUUACCAUUAUCUGAUCGGUUUUCUCACGGCGGAUGUUCCCCAAUUUACGGGUAUGUGUAUAUCACCCGUAAACCGGAACCGGGUUAUCUUAACCUCUCUAACGUUGAAAUAACGUAACUUUUCCAUGGUCUCUGUCAUGUGAAAAAAAUAUUCAUAAAAGCAUCGGAUAUACAUUUUGAGAGCAAUUUUAAAUUGGAAUUAUCUUGGAAAGAUACUAUACUUCACAAGUGUAUAACAUUGUUUUAAAACUCGUGUCAUCUGAACACUGGAACACAAAAACGAAGAAAUCUCUGAAGAGAUAUCGCCUACUAUCAAUAAACGUUCUUGGCUGCAAAGUAUAUUGCGAAAAAUGAAUUUCUUGGAAAUGGUAUAAUUAAUACACUAACAUUUAAAUUAAGGACUGAUUGACACACCAGAUUUGCUAUGGAAGCUACUAAAAUUAAAGUGUAUAUUUGUGUGAUAUGUUAAUUAUAGCCUAUCUUUAAUCCAAUAAAAUUGGUCAUUUUGUGAAUAAAAUUAUUCACAUUAAGCAUUCUUUGUUUUUGAUCAAGUAGACGCCAUGUACGCUACAGCGUACCUAUUUUUGUUAAUUGCAUGGCUCUUAAAGGGAUAUGGGAAUAAAAAUUAACUUUGAAUUAUUUGAAAGAACUUUUAAAGUUAGCUAUGUAUGAAGACCCUUUACAACUUUUUCGUACCUUGCUUGGUUUUCGAAAUAUUUUGACCAAAAACAGUGUGCAGCAUUUUGGUAUUAUAAUUGACCUAAUUAACUGAGUUUUUAAUGACGUCACAAGCAGGGUAACCUUCUUCAUGUGGGACUAAAUUUCUUCGAAAUGAAUUUUUUCGGUGUUGGUGUAAUGUACUCAGGUGAAUAUGAUGUCGAUUUUUACAGAAAAAAAAUCAUGAUUACUAGAUUACAUCGAUAUCAAAGGAACUAGACUUGGUUCCGAAAUAUCACAUACUCGAACCGACCUGACCGCGUAGCUCAGUUGGCAGAGCAUUGGGCUAGUAUUCCAAAGGUCGUAAGUUCGAUUUCCACGGUGCCCAGGCAUAUUUUUCAAGCUUGCCCGGUGUGGAUAUACUACACUCAGUGACAUCACAAGCAUUUCUUCGAAAUGUUUCUUAAAAUGUUGUGAGUUAAUAGACAAUUCCCAUUAUAGACUAAUUUUAAAACUAGGCAAGGAGACUCGAAUAAAUCACCACAGCUAGAAAGAGCAAACUAAAAUUUGCAAAGUUUGGUUAUGAAAUGUUGUAAAAUGCGGAAAAUAUAGCCUUGCAAAGUUCGCAUAUUUUGUAUACUUUUGUAUUGCGUGCGGAAAUUCCUACCACAUUUAUAGGCCGAAAAUGGUCGCACGCAAUACAAAAGUAUACAAAAUUUGCGAACUUUGCAAGGCUAUAUUUUCCGCAUUUUACAACAUUUCGCAACCAAACUUUGCAAAUUUACUAACUUUAGUAUGCUCUUUCUAGCUGUUGUGAUUUAUUUGCAUCUCCUUGCCUAGUUUUAAAAUUAGUCUAUAAUGGGAAUUGUCUAUUGAGUACUAAAAAGACUUCGGAAAAUCAAGUUUCAUAUUGCUAAUGACAUGUGGUUCGCAAGAUAAAAAUUUCGCUUUUUACCCAACUUGUGACGUAUGUAUAUCAAAUGCAUAUCCAAGAUGGCGGAAUACACGCUGCUUUUGAUCAAAAUAAGUCGAUUUAUUUCGAAAACCAAGCAACAUACGGAAUAAUUGUAAAGGAAGUUUAUUUUAAAUGUUCUUUCAAAUAAGACAAACUUAAUUUAUAUUGCCAUAUCCCUUUAAUUGAGUAAUUCUCUACAUUAAGAUUUUGGGCAUCUCGUUCGAUAGAACUGAAUGUAGGUGAGAUUUUUGUAGAUGGAAUUUUCGAACGGAUUUUAGACUAAAAUUUAUAGGUCAGAGCUCUGCACCAGAAUCGCACGUUCCAUUCCUGCUGGUGGGCCUAAAGUUGCAGUUGGACCGGUUUGAACGACCUUCAUAAUUGUAGGUUCCCAAACCUAUUCUAUUACGCCUGUUUUACAGGAACUACACUGGUUGCCAGUUAGGUUUAGGAUUCAUUUUAAGAUUUUACUUUUAACUUUCAAAGCUCUUAACGGCUUGGCGCCAGAUUAUAUUAGGGAACUUAUUAAGAUAAGGAAACAUGAACGUUACUCGCUCCGUUCCAAUUCGGGUAUUAUCAUCUCACAUCCAGUGGGGAAGAUGUUAAAAUCAUUCGGAGACAGAUCUUUUAGUGUGGCUGCGCCAACACUCUGGAAUUCACUUCUUGUUAGCCUGCGGAGUAUCAGUUCUCUUUCAAUUUUUAAAUCCUCGCUGAAAACAUAUCUUUUUAAGCUAGCUUUUAGCCUCCAUUAAAUGUAUAUAUUUAAGAUAAUUAAUAGUUGCAUGUAUAAUAGAGUGUAAUGCGCUUUUGAUCAUUGUAUGUAAAAAGCGCAAUAUAAAUUAUUAAAUUAUUAUUAUUAUUACUGGUAGAAAGAUGUUUGUGGUGUUACUCUGAGUGUGCAUCCACACCGGGCAAGCUGAAAAGUUUGCCUCACCACAGUAGGAAUCGAACCCGCGACCUUCGGGAUACUAUAGUCCAAUGCUCAGUUCCGAAAUAUCACCAACACGAACCGAUUUGACCUGGUAGCUCAGUUGGUAGAGCAUAUUCACCUGAGUACAUGACACCAGCACACGCAAAAAGUACCCAAAAGAUAAUUGUUUUACUUUGCAUUUUAGUAUCAAGUACUGGAGAGAACGUUGUCCAUUGGUUUAGAAAAGAUCUACGACUCCAUGAUAAUCCAGCUCUUGCGGAAGCAUGGAGGAAAGGAGGAAACUUCUAUGGUGUUUAUAUAUUUGAUCCGCUUGUUUUUCAAAAUAAGAAUUCUUCUGUCAACCAUGGUAAAUUUCUUCUUCAAUGUCUCCGAGAUCUUGACGCUAAGCUUCGUGAAUGUGGUUCAUUUUUGUAUAUUAUCCGCGACUCUCCCAUGGCAGCCUUCAAACAAGUCUUUGGGAAGUGGAGAGUGACAAAGUUGACAAUGGAGGAAGAUACAGAGCCGUAUGCAAAGAAACUCGAGGAUUCUGUUGUUGCUUUAGCAGGGAAAUAUGGUAUACGGGUCGUCACUAAAGUAUCACAUACGCUUUAUUCUAUUCCUAAGUAAGUUGAAUCUCCUAAUAUUUUAAAUUAUAUUAAAUAUUAUGUUAUAUUAUGUUGCAAUGUGGGGUUUUUUUGUUUUGCUUUUUUUUGUUGUGUUGCCGUUAGGGCACCACAGCUGUGAAAAUUGCUUGCCCUGAAUAAAAUUGAUUUGCCACAAGAUCUUGAUCCUGACCUUGAUGCAGUGAACUAAAUUACAGAAACAAAUGAGUCGCGAAGGAGUUUGCUUUGCUGUAAACUUCGCAAACUAUGUCACAUGUUGAUAGUUUACUCGAAUAUCGAUAACUUUGACGGGAAGCACCAAUGACUUUGAAAUGGGCGGCUUUUUUGGCUAAUUUAUAUGUACUUGCCCGAAUGGUAUACUAGCCCGAACGGUAUACUGGCCCGUGAUAAUUUGAACUAGCUUUGUGCAUGCGGGCAUCACAGGAAGCAAUAAGUUACAUCCAGGGGUGUAUAUUCUUCAAUGACCUUUGAUUUCUCCCCUCUCUUCAGCUUUGAUUUUCUUCCCUGUAUCUUGAAGAAAUUUGGGCGCGGCAUCGGAGUCUGGGCUCCACCUUUACUAUUCCAGUAAUUUUUCUACGAUUUAAAGAAUUAUUUUCGAAAAAACGUUUGGUUCAAGGUAGAAAAAUGAUGUUACAAUGCUGAUUUUGACAACAAAUUUUUCAGUUUAUGUAGAACUUCUGCAUCUCAAUGAUAAACAGCACAACAAAAUAAUUGAUUAUUGAUAUAUUAACUAGAGAUGUUUCCAUUAAAAAGUACUCCUCUCUCUAAAUUACGUUCAUUUUUUAACAAACGUUUUUAGUUUCACAAACAUUAAUAUAUAUUCACUUUUUUAAAAUUUGAUUUAAAUAUUGACAUUAUGUUCCAAUUCCCCUUCCUCUUGCCAUAAAAAGUCAUACUUUGUCUAUACCCCUCCCCCUCCUUGCUGACAUAAUAUGAGACUGAUCCCCAAGUGUUCUCAGUUCUUUUUCAUUCUCAUCCCUUGUUCUUUCUCUUCUUUUCCUUUUGCCCCCUCAUUUUCCUUUUGCCCCCUCAUUUUGCUUUUGCCCUUUCCUUUCUUUUCCCUUUGUUCUCUUCUUUUCCCUCUUUCUUUUCUCUUCCCUUCCUUUCUUUUUCACUCUUCUUUGAAUUUCUUCCCUGGCCCUAAGACCCUUUGAUUCCUUCCCCCCCAGGGGGGGGGGGGGAAAUUAUAGAAGAAUAUACACCCCUGGUUACAUCACUGCAAUAUCUCGAGUGUUUCUAAAACAAUAUUUCUCUCAACUGUUCUUCCACGAGAUAAAUUCAUUUGUUUAAUAAUAAUUGCUUAUCAUCUUUUGCAGUGUAAUUAAAUCCAACGAUAGUCUGCAGCCAUUUACAUUCAAACGUUACAUCGCAACAGUAAAGAAGAUUGGUCAACCUGACAAUCCCUUGCCUCCAUUAGACGCUGUUUCUUUUCACGGCUGUUUCAGUCCUGUUGUGCCAGGUUAUGAAAUGCCAUGUGUGGAGGAAUUUGGUAUGACUGAAGAAGAGUUUGUUGAAGGUUCGCACGUUUGGAAAGGAGGAGAAGAUGAGGCAUUAAGAAGAUUUGAUGCUCUUGUUAAAUCGGUAAGUAAGUGAAGUGAAGUGAAGUGAAGUGAUGUGAAGUGAGAGUGAUGUGAUGUGAUGUGAUGUGAUGUGAUGUGAUGUGAUGUGAUGUGAAGUGAUGUGAAGUGAUGUGAAGUGAUGUGAAGUGAUGUGAAGUGAUGUGAUGUGAUGUGAAGUGAUGUGAUGUGAUGUGAUGUGAAGUGAAGUGAUGUGAAGUGAUGUGAUGUGAUGUGAUGUGAUGUGAUGUGAUGUGAUGUGAUGUGAAGUGAUGUGAAGUGAUGUGAUGUGAAGUGAUGUGAAGUGAUGUGAUGUGAUGUGAUGUGAUGUGAAGUGAAGUGAUGUGAAGUGAUGUGAAGUGAUGUGAAGUGAUGUGAAGUGAAGUGAUGUGAAGUGAUGUGAAGUGAUGUGAUGUGAUGUGAUGUGAUGUGAUGUGAAGUGAUGUGAUGUGAUGUGAAGUGAUGUGAAGUGAUGUGAAGUGAUGUGAAGUGAAGUGAAGUAAAGUAAGUGGGGUGUGCUAAUCACCCUUACUUGCUGCUUGGAGCUAAGCUGAAUUACAUGUACGAGGGACUCAGCUCAACCUGUGUCGAUCUGUCUGAUCACGGAGCACAGCUAUACGGUGGAAGGGUCAGUUAGGGAGAUAAUCCCAACCCACCCUGUCAACUUUCCCUGUGGGAGGAAACCCGAGUACCGGGAGAAAACCCACGACUUUCGGUAGAGCGUUGACUGACUCUUUUCACAUAAGUGUCAUGCAUGAGUCCGUAGCGAGAAUCGAACCCACGAUCUCAGAGGUGAAAGACGCUUGCUGUGACGACUGCGCCACAAAGCCCCGGUAUUUGAACUAAAGUCCCGGUGAAACGAGGAUGAGAGUUGAUGAGAGUUGGCAGUCACGUAAUGUUACAGAGGACAUUUCAAGCUCUACAGACUAACAAAAUAAAAGUUUUAUUCAUCAGUAUUUCAACUAUGUUUGUAAUUUGGAAAGAACAUGCACGAGUGAGUUUUUCAAGGACUAUCAAAUUUGCACGAGAGUGCAAUUUGAAGUCUUUGAAAAACUCACUAGUGUACUGUUUUUUUCACCAGAAACCAUACUAUUACUUAUUAAUAAUAUACAUGAAAAAAUUAACGGCAGCCAUUUUUUUUACAAAAAACCGCCGGCCAUUUUUGUCACUCCUAAGAACUCCUAAAUGUUUAUUUUUGUAUUAUUUCUGCUGGAAAUUGCUGUAUUUUAUUGGCUGUCUUUGUUAUUGUUUCAUAUUUUAAGCCAAUCAGAAAGCUAAAUAGUCAAUGAAAUUUGCACUGUAUUUCAUUUUUUGGCGCUGUAUGGCGAAAAAAAUGCACUGCUCUUAGCCAAUCAGAGUUGAGAAAUUUUUUCAUGUAUAUUAUUACAACGUAAAUAGAAUACAUGACAGUGUUGGGAAAGCAUUAAAAACAGUUAACCAGGAUCGCGUGACUGCCAACUCUCAUGCUCUUUCAUCCUCGCUUGACCCAGGUUUCCUUAAGGUUUCGCAGCAUUCGGAGGUGAAUAAUGCAAGGAUAUCCGGAGCUUAGCGACCAUACACUCAAAUUGCGCGAAAAGCACUAUCCACCUCCAGAGUAUAUGCUAAAGCAUUUUGCUAUCCGGCCGGAUACCGGAUAUUGGUUAUGUAAGAUUCAGGCCUUAUCAUUUAAGGUUAAAUUAUUAUUUCCAUUGAUUAUAAAGUGAUAGGAAAGAACUUCACAGUCCACGUGAGUCCAACAUUGGUAAACAUGCAUGAUUGGAAAAGUCCUACUCAAAAAGUUCCAAUUUCAAACCCACUUUUUCGAAUUUGCUAGCGAGCAUGAAAAAUCUUGAAAAUAUUGCCAAGUAAAAUAUGAUAGAUACUCGUACUUUUUAAACCAUAUUACAUCUUAUUCAUUUCUAACCUGAAAAGAUGGCCUGAACCUUAAGUAAAAAAUGGCCGGAUAAUUUAUAUAUCCGGCCGGAUAAUGAGAUUAUCUCGCUCUCCGGCCGGAUAUGAUAUCCGUUGCAUCCCUAUAGCGAGAAUGUGUCACUGAAAACAGGGUGCUAGCUAGCCCACAUAUACUGUUCGUUUGACGGACUCUUCCCAAUUGAAGUAGCUAAGGGGCUUUCCCAACUUGGUCUACUGGAAGAUUUUCAUUUUUUUUAUGAGAAAGUGCAUUUUAUAUUAUUAUAUCAAAGAACGUUUUAUUUACUUUUUCCCAUUAACUAUUUUCUCAAAAUGUAUCGCGUUUCAUUCAUAUUGGGUGUGUGUUCACUGAAAUAAAAUGUACAAAACAAAGUGUAAUCGGUGUGCAUCCGUGUUCAUUCACCUGAAAUGAAAUAUACAAAACCAAGCUACCGUUGUUUGCAUCUAAGGAGAAACACGUUGGAAAAAAACACUAUUUAUUCCUACACAAGGACUUUGAUCGGUCACAAAACUUUCCCAAUUUACGUUUAACGGACAAAACUUUUUUUCUGGCUAACACCCUGGAAAAGUACUGUAUGUACAGAAGAAACGCUUGUUAAACCCGAUACUUUUUAUUCUCAGAUUGAAAGUGGCCUUGAAGAAGUGGAUAAUGUUGGAGAUGUAUGCUUUCCUAAAGUUACUGCGUUAUCUCCGUACAUGCGUUUUGGAUGUAUUUCUGCAAGAUUGAUUUACCACACCUUGACAAAACUCCAGAAGAAGGUACGUCUUGGCAAAUUUGAACCUCAGUACUACCUCCACUGUUGGAAAAAUUCCAUACAGUCAUGUAAUAUUCAAUAAGCUGUUUCUACUACACACUGUAUGUGCUCAGGAAAACCCCUGGCAAGGCCCAGUGAGCGAUUGUAGCCUCCGGGAUGUUGCUUGAAACACUGUCAUCUAAGCAUGCAGCCAGAACGCUUUCUUAAAUUGGUUGUUGACUGGUGUAACCCAGAUUAACUUUAUAUAAAAAUUCAAGUUUCCUUUUAUUAACAGACAAUUCCAAUUAUAGACUAAUUUUAAAACUAGGCAAGGAGAUGCAAAUAAAUCACCACAGCUAGAAAGAGCAUACUAAAAUGAGUAAAAUUGCAAAGUUUGGUUGCAAAAUGUUAUAAAAUGCGGAAAAUAUAGCCUUGCAAAUUUUGUAUACUUUUGUAUUGCGUGCGGAAAUUGCUACCAUUUUCGGCCCAAAUGUACCCUGGUUCCAGAGGUUUAAAAUAAACCUCUGGUUGAAAGCGGCAAUUGAUUCAUCGAGUCGCGCCAAUCAGUUUGAAUUAGGGUCAGAUCCUGACUCUGUCUCCUGAUUGGACGAUUGUAUUAAAGCUUUCUGAUUGGUUAUAGAUGUUUUAUUUGAAUCAAUCAGAGAGCUUUAAUACAAUCAUCCAAUCAGGAGACAGACAUUUUAUGGUCUUGCAAGCUUAAUUGUUGUGUCUUGAUAAUUUAUUAUACUCUAGAAUCAUGAAAAUAUAAAGAGUUGUCGAAUAAAAUUCAAUAUUUUGGAUACUGACAUGCAAACAAACCCUUUGUUUACAUACGGACAUAUAUUGCUUCAGCAGUUGACAUAUAUAGAGCUCAGCGGAAACAUAUAAAUUAUAGCAUCUGACCAAUGAGAAUUUCGCGUCAAGAUUUGAGACGCAGACAUUAAAAUUCAUUAGUCAUCGAUGCAGGCUCUCAAUUCACCUUGAGAGCCUGUUCGCAGGCUAGGUACCCGGUGGAAGCGCUAUCCGUCCUUCGUAGAACCGCCCCCAGUUUUCUAAUAUGUUUCUGGUCCAUUUUUAGAUGACCAACAAACAGUAUGUCCUUAAUGUCCUGAUGAAGUUGAUGUUUCGUGACUUUUUGUUCACGCUUGGUCAUCGAAAUUUCUUCUUUGAUAAAAUGAAGCAGAAUCCUGUUUGUCUUCAGAUUCCAUGGGAAUCAAACGGAGACUUUCUUCAAAGAUGGCGCGAGGUAAGCAGGAAAUAUAUAAUACCUUUCCAGUCGUCGCACUGGUUAAUGUUUGUGUAGGCAAUUAUGCUCCUUGUUCUAACUUAUAUUCAAGUUAUUGAAUGAAUACUUUUCAGAAAUCUGUACCUUAAUUCAGUCUUAAAGAACGUUUUCCACUUCAACCAUAUCGUAAAGUAUCGUUGCAUUUUCUUUUGUGUCGAAGUCAUUAGUUCCACUCUAGUGCUCAGGAAACAAAGAAAUACUCUAUGUUUCGCUACGUUACGGUUGGAGUGGAAAACAGUCAUAUGUUUGUACCAGUUCAAGUACGCGGCAAUAAUUUAUCCAUUGAACUACCAUGCAGUCAGGUGCGAUAAAAAAUCUUGAAUUAUCGCACCCUGAUCUACCAAAACCCUUCAACUACAUCAUAGUUCCCCUACUUCUGUUGUCCAAAUUAUUCUUCCACACGUUUGUUUUCUACACGCUCGUUUAUGUCACCAUCUGUAUAUUACUGUAAGUUGUUUUCCCUUAAUGAAGUGUUUAAAAUUUAGGCGAAAACCGGUUUUCCUUGGAUCGACGCUGUUCAAACACAACUACGUAAAGAAGGUUGGGCAAAUCAUCUUGGACGACUGGCGGCAGCGUGUUUCUUAACCAGAGGUUGUCUCUGGGUAUCCUGGGAAGAAGGAUUUAUGGUAGGUACUUCUAUGGGUGGGUUUCACCAUGGAUAAUAAAAUAAAUGGAUAGGACUCUAGCUGACGUAAGCAAAAACAACCUAGUUGCAAUCUGUGACGUCACGCGUAUUGCAAAGUUCUCGCCAUUUUUGUUGUUUCGCUAUACUUUCCGCUUUAAAAGAGUAAUAUUGAAGCAUAUACUGGUCUAAUUGUUUUAAAAACAUGCCUAAGCCACGACAAAGUAUUCAAGGUAAAUGUUUUUUGUCUUUGUUUUGUAUUUUUUUACAUUUGUAGCUACGAAAUUGGCGUCCCCAAUUUUAACGAAAUUUGGGAUGCCUUUUUCACAGUUUAGUGCUUGAAAUAUUUGCUAAAAUUGACUGGGAAUACUUAGAGAUUUCAUCGUAGAAUGGCAUGGUUAUAUUCAUUUGCUCUUUCACUAAAAUGUUUACCUGUAUUAUUGCUAAACAUGCCGUUUUUGAGAAUUUGGUUUGCAACUAGGUUUCAACAUCCAAUCACGCCGUCAGCCCAUUGAAAACAUUAGGUCACGUCAGCUAGUUUCCUAUCCAUUUAUUUUAUUAUCCAUGGUUUCACUGAAGGAAGGACAGGUAUUGGGGUGACUAAAGUAUUCUCCAUUUUUAUUGACUUUAUGUUUGGUGGCAAAUACAUGUAAUGUAAAAAAACAUUUAGCAUCAUUUUCUCACUCAAGUGUGCAUACUUUCAAAAUGACCACCAUGCAGCGACGAACACUUCUCGAAAUAUUGGGGCAGCACAUUUUUCAUGCCCAAAAAGUCAUGCCGAAUUAGGUUACCAAUAUAUGACCACCUUUUGUCGCUGGAAAUCUUAGUUAUUUAAAUUUCAUGCAAUUAUACCUUAAUUUUUAGCCUAUCAAUGUUUUCAUGGUUGAAAAAUUAUUGUUGCAGCUUUGUUACACAGUCAUGCACUCAUGCAGCUAUUCAAAAGCUUUCAGAAAUUGCCACCAUGUGUUGCACCAUAAAAACAUUUAACUGAAACACACCUAUACACAAGCACGGCUUUGGUUUGCAUUGCAUGUCAAAUUUUGUCAGAUGAUCGAUCCAAUUUACACGACACAAUGUCAUGCUGAACCAGUGCCGUAUCCAGAGUGUAUUUGGGUAUACUGUUCAGUGACAAGAUUCAAGGCACGGAACCCUCUAGAGGGAGUGAAAGAGCAUGUACCCUUUGGCAAAUAAUUAAAUGUAGUGCCUCAGAAAUGGUAUUUUCUGCAUUCCAAGAUAACAUUCUGAAACGUGAUUUUAAGAAAUCUAGCCGGCUGCUCCAUUUCAGAGUAUUCGGAUUUUUGGAACACUAAUGAAUAGAACAGAACAAGGUCACGUGACUGUUCUGAAAUACUUUUGAGCAUGGGCAGCCUGAACAAUUCAGAACAGUGACAGUCGUGUUCGAUUCAGUAGCGAAGCAACAGGUGAUGAUAUGCAAAUAUUUAAUGAUUUCCAUUAUUCAAAUAUUUAGAAAUGUAUUGUCUUUAACCUGUUUAGGUGCAGGUUUAUUAGCAUAGCAAAUGACCAGUUGCCAUGGCUAUAGCUUCGUCACUAGUUCGAUUUCAUUGGUGGUCCCCAAAUCCGGAGUACUCCGAACAGUAAAUGGAGCAGUCUGUUAUUACGUAAGAAGGUUUAUGGGACGGGGGGACAGACUGGUGUACUGGUGCCUCUUCCGUCCCUCCCCCAGUUUACGGCCCAAAGAAUGAAUGGAAAUAUUUUCUCACCUGACAAUUCUUACCCAGAACAGGCAGCAGUUGCUCUCAGAAUACAUAAGUUGUUCCUUUGACACUUUGUUAAGCACACAAGGAGAACCAUGCGUUCAGUAUGAGUGACAACCUUACAGGUUAAUAUAUUUUACUGUAUGAAUUUUCCAGGCCUGUCAAGAAAUGCAAAUCGACUUUGAAUGGAGUUUAUGUGCUGCAAACUGGUUGAUGAUUUCCUGCAGUUCAUUUUUUGUCAAAAGUAAUAAAUAUUACUGUCCUGUGAACACCGGGAAACAUCAUGAUCCACAGGGAAUCUUCAUAAGGUAACAUUACUUUUUCAUGUUUCUUAAAGUGAUUGUCAAGUUUGUUCUGUUCAUGCGCGUUAGUUUGUACAUUAUAUGGUUUUAAAUACGAUACCAAAGAUUAAAUUCAGGUUAGAUUUCUUGAAAAUCGUUGUUGCCUGGAAAAACAUCGUUGUUAUCAUGGAAAAACAUUGUUGUUGCCAUGGAUUUUUUGGUUUAAACUCGGUACCCCCCGUUUUUGAAGCCCGGUCAAGUACAUUUUUCACUGCCUUUCAAUGGAAGGAAGGGUUUCGCUGGCCUCAGAGUGACAAUACUGUAUGUAACAAAGCAACGGUUUUACUAACACUAACCCUAUUCCACACACUAACUCUAACCAUAAUCGUAACCCCUAACCUAACCCUUCUCUAAGUUUGUUUCUAAACCAAUCUUGAAGGAAAACUUUUUGACGAAUGUCAUUCUGAGGUCAGCGAACUAACUUUUCCCUUAUUGGAAAGCCGUAUCUCUGCGAAAAUCAUUGGAAAGUUAUGGACAGAUUUUAAAGACUACAGACAGGGACUACAGCCCCUCCUGCCCUUUCCUUAGAGGGAAAAAGUGCCCUUUUAAUAUAGCUAAAACAAAAAUUUACCUUAACCAUUAACAGCACUAAAUAUUAUACAAGGCAAAUGGUGUGUUUAAUCCUUGAUUACGCUAGUCAAUAAGACGCAAAACCUCUUUCCAGGCUAUUCAAAGGUCAGGGUAAGAGCCUGGGAACGAAGUCGGGUUGUGAGGAUUAGUCCUAUGGGUCCGGUUGUACGAAGGCUGAAUAGCGCAAUCCACCGGAUAUGGAGUUUUUCAACCGUUGAAACGCUAUAAAGGCCCGUUUGAACUUUUUGCUGCGAUUUCUUCUGCUGAUGCAUGUAAACGAGUAGAUAAUUUUGAGAUGAGGGAAUACUCUGAACAUUCAUAACUCAUCUACUCGUUCACAUGCACCAGAAGAAGAAAAUCGAACUAGAAGUCUAAACGAGCCUUAAAAUACACUUGCCACAAGUCGGCCUCGAACGAAACGCGAGCAGCGAGCGACGAAAUCGCUCGCGCGAGACCUCGCGACUUCGUCGCUCGCGCUCGCUGCUUGCGUUUCGUUCAAGGUCGACUUGUGGCAAGUCUAGCCUUAAAACUGCGGAUACAAUUAAUAAAAUGAAGCUUUAAUUAAUGAGUACUAAAUUCUGGUUUAUACCAAUCAACGGAAAGAAAGCUUCACAAAAUCACUAUCCGGAUAGUUCUCUUAUCUUUUGCUUAUCCUCCCUCGCCCUAUUUAUAAUCACUAGAAACAACUUCGAAACGAUGCUUUGCAUGUAUAUUUUACUAAGCAGUUGGCAUACUUACUCUUUCAGGAAAUAUAUUCCUCAACUGCGAAAUUUUCCUGAAAAGUACAUUUACGAUCCUUGGAAUGCCCCUCUUGAAGUGCAACAAGCAGCAGGAUGUAUCAUUGGGAAAGAUUAUCCAAUGAGAAUUAUUGAUCACGAGGCAGCCAAACUUGUGUGUGCUAAACGAUUGCGUGAAAUGGUUGGUGAGCUACAAGAAGGAAUAUCAACAUCUGUCUCGUAAGUAUUGGUUAAAAUCUAUCCCAAGGUGUAUUAGCCUUCGCCCAGGUACAGCUUCUGUCGAACCUCUAUUAAGGGGACUCCUUCGGGACCUCACCAUUGUGUCCGCUUAAAGGGGUGUCCGCUUAAUUGAGGUUUGCAACUGCUAACACAGCAGGAGGUAUCGCCCAAGUAAUUUAGGAACAGUAGUGAUCAAAGAUAAACGUGUCAAUGGAGUGGCUCACUGGCUGGUUAUGGUGUGGAACGUCCCUGCGAGUUCAUGUUUCGAGGAGACAGUUGUUCUUGCAAUAGACGACUUGCAUGUUAAGACUAAUUUUUGAUCUAGGCAAAAAAAAAGUAAAUUCCCGUAAAGAACGUAUUAAAAUUUGUAAAAUUUGGUUGCGAAAUGUUGUAAAAUACGGAAAAUAUAGCCUUGCGAAGUUUGCAUAUUUUGUAUAUGUUUGUAUUACGAGCUGAAAUUGUUACCAUUUUUGAACCGAAAAUGGACAAAAUUUGCAAACUUUGCAAGGCUAUCUUUUUCAAGCUUUGCAACAUUUCGCAACCAAAUUUUGCAAAUUUACUAAUUUCAUUAUGUUCUUUUUAGCUGUGGUGUUUGAUUCCCUUCUCUUUACUUAGAUUAAAAUUUAGUCUAACAUGCAAGUUGUCCAUUGCUUGAAAGACAAAUUAAAGAAAAGAAAAGUUUGUUUUAGGAUAUUAGCUCAAGUUAUUAGCGUUUAUAUCGUCUUUGAAAAACUCACUCGUGCAUGUUUUCCCAAAUUGCACUCGAAACCAUAUUGUUACCUAUACAAAUCGAUUUUUACCAUUGAUUGUUAUGAAAAUUUAAUUCAGGAAACAUUCAUCAGUUACGUUUUUCUGCUUAAGCGAGGUUAUUCGGCUCAUUGGGACCUCAAGUUACGUGUCCGCUUCCGCUUAAUAGAGGUGUCCGCUGAAUAGGGAUAAAGAUAAUAGUAUUUUAUUUAAAGAGGUCAUUGCGACCGGAGAUAUGUGCCCGCUUAAGAAGGGUAUACGCUUAAGAGACGUGUCCGUUAAUAUAGUGGUUCGACUGUAAUUCAAUUUGUCUUUUUGUAAGCUAUAAAAUGUAAAAGCGCGAAAAGUACAAUGGACUUGUAUAUGUAAUCAUUAACGUAUGGAGCAUGAAUGUUGUGUCAUACACAAUCAAAAAGAGACAUAUGCAUUUUCAUGUUUUUGAGGUCCAGGUUUUGACUUCCAGGACCGGUUUUCAAACCUCAAGUUUGCCUCUUAGUCUGCUGGGAGUUCUGACCUGGUCUUAAAAUCUGACUUUGUCUUAGUCGUCACAUCUGAACGAAUCAUCUUGUUCAUUAUGUUACAGGCUUGGUGGUGAUAAUGAAGACGAGUUUGUGAGAAAAAAGAAGAAAAACUUUCAUGUUGGGGAGAUCACAGCAAUUCCCGUUCGCUGAACUUUCUCCAAAUAACAAAUGUCUGGAAAAGAUGCCUGUACAAAUCAUGCAUGCACCUUUAAAAACAGUGUAGAAUUGUUUUACAUAUCCUAGCACUGUACAUUAUUUAUAUUAGAAAUAGUGGUUAUACGUUUGGCUGUUAAGGGUAUAUUAAAAUAGGUUAGACUAAUUUAAAUAUGGUUGGGUUCACCAGGGCUGUUAUAGAGGGGAGUUUUCCUGAUUGUAUAAAAACGUACAUAUUGUUUGAAUGUGAACAUCUUGUUUUGCUGUGUACUAUGUUAUAUAUAUGAUGUAAUAACAGUGAAUUCAGUAUCUAUUGAGCUGUUAGACCGACGGAAAUAAACUAAUCAGUUCGAACGCGU